AUGGCUUUCUCCUCAGUUUUCUCUGCACCUUUGCACAGUCUCACACAGACGAAGUCAAAUCCCUCAUCUGUGCCUUCUCCUUCUAUGGCUUUCCUCACUUCACCCAUUAAAAUCUCUUUUGGGUCCUCUAAGUCUGCAUUUUUUCAACAUGGUUUCUAUCUUCAAGCGUCAAAUCUUUCUGGGUUUGCCUUGAAAUCUCGAUCUUUCAGUUCUGUUUACGCUAGAGCCGCCACAGAGAAGACUAUUUAUGACUUUACUGUGAAGGAUAUUGAUGGGAAGGAUGUUACUCUUGACAAGUUUAAGGGGAAGGUUUUACUCAUUGUAAAUGUUGCGUCAAAAUGUGGUCUGACGGCAUCAAACUACUCAGAACUCUCUCACGUAUAUGAGAAGUACAAAACUCAAGAUCCAAGUUCUGGUAAAAUUAUCAUGAUAUGUGAUCCUUAUAUGAAUGCACUAUUUAAUCAGAACCUUAGGAGUAGGUUUUUAAUCCUUUUAAGGCUUUCUGUGGCCUGUACUUCUGUGAGCGUUCCAUGGGAAAGGAAAAAACCAGGUGUUGUUGUACCAUACAGUGAUGACUCUUUGCCUGUGGGGCAGGACUCACAUGAUAUGGGCAUCGCGAUGGUUACUUUUGGGGGGCAAGAGCCUGGGUCAAAUCCAGAGAUUAAGCAGUUCGCUUGUACAAGAUUUAAAGCAGAAUUUCCGAUUUUUGAUAAGGUUGAUGUGAAUGGACCAAGUACGGCUCCAGUUUACCAGUUUUUGAAGUCAAGUGCUGGGGGCUUCUUAGGUGACCUUAUCAAGUGGAAUUUUGAGAAGUUUCUAGUGGACAAGAAUGGAAAGGUUGUCGAAAGAUACCCUCCAACAACAUCUCCUUUCCAAAUAGAGGUAUGUUUUCUCUUUAGCAAGAAUCUCUAG